CCACAUUCCACAAUGACCAUUCCCUACCCCUUGAUCGGCCCCGAGUCCUACGGCCUGGGACGUCGAUCGGCACGGCGCACUCCCAGCACCCCCGGGCCCAAUCACAUCGAGCCCACCCUCAAGGAGUCCAUGUCAAACGUCGAUGCAUGCAGCAAGUCGAGCCGUGGAUGGAAAGCCAAGCUCUCGCGAAAGUUCCACUUCCCUUGAACCAACAACACACUUUUCACACACACACACAACAACAACAAUGAAUGAUGCAAGUCGUCGAAAUUAAUAUAUCAUCAUCAUCAUCAUCAU